GGCUGGCAGGGAGCUCCUCGGGAACCGCCGUCGCUUGCAAAGGUCCCUCCAUGUUCAGGGAGGAUGGUGCAUGAGGGGUUUUCCUUCUCCUUUCAAAGCCACUGCUCUGCAAAAUGGGUCUGAGCUCUUCCAAAGCACACCCCAAGGUGACCAAGGUGGCACCGAUGCGUGCCAGGGAGGACCUGCCUGCUCUCACCACCCCGUACCAGCUCCCCGGCGUGCAUCCGCCGGCCACAGCAGAAUGGGGAAAAUCCACGUUUUAUGCGGAACUUCCACCUCUCCGGGAGACCUGGUAUGGGAGAGCCUCUGCAGGGCCACUUUCUUUCAAUACCGGGCUGGAAAGGGGAGAAACCAGCAUCAUUAAACAGCACCCACCUCGAAGACCUCAAAGGCUUGAACCUGCUGGCCCUCCACAAGCAAACGCUCCUGCAAAGCCCUGGAGUCAGCAAGAUGCGGUUGCAACCCCAAAAAUGAAGACUCUGGAGAAGAGGGGGCAAAGCCUGAGACACCUCCCGGGCAGGCGGCAGCACUUGCACAAGCUGCAGAUGCUGGACUUGACCCGCAGGCGCCGAGAGGCAGAGCUGAAGCGAAAUCUCCCCAGGGAGGCAAAAAUCAAUAAAGAAAAAAUCAAGGAAUUCAGCCCAAAGAAAGUCCUUGACACUCUCCAGAGAGGUGGCAGCGCUGAAAGCCGAGACCUCGUCCCUGCUGAGCACAAUCAGCGUUUUCAUGGAGAUGACCAUGGAAACACGUGGGGUGGAGGACUCUCCACACAGCACGAUGGGGCUGAACUCUCUCCAGGCAGGAGCGGGAAGGUUGACCUGUGGUUCUGCAGGGAGCCACGGACGAGGGAUCUGUUCUGGGACACCUCCAGCACAGGCUCCGACGAGUGGGAAAGGGAAGAGAAGAAGAUUUACCGCAAACCUACGCUUGUGAGAACCAAGACGGAGAGAGUUUCUCUCUUCGAUGACUUCUUUGAUAGGGAUUUCUAGUGGCACGGCUUGGGGUGAGAGGGAUGUGCUGAAGAAAAAAGCCACAGCUCUGGUGGGGCUGAAACUCCCCCGGAUAGAUGGGCUGAGGGUGGAGACAUGGUGUUGGCAGUAAAUGGCAUUUCUGGGAGUACGGGCUGGUGGAAAGGACAGCUGGAAAUGAGGAGAUCACUGACGUGGAGUGAAUAAUGACUGUCUGGGUUCUGCGGCUGAAUCAAAAUAUCUGAGGAAAAAAUGGCUUGGACUGAACAACAAUGAAGUGGGGGUGGAGGGAGGAGGAGGAGGAGGCUGGCAAAAAAACCAAGCGGAAGCUGGAAAAUAUUCUGGGUUAACCCCAAAUCUAAAGUUCCGGCUGCAAUGAAAUGUUUCGCUUGCCUUUGGGUUACUCAACCUUUCUGUUUAACUUGUUUUUAACCUUAUAUCCUUUUCUAAACCACAAAAACCCAGUUCAAAAGUGCAAGAUAAAAUUAUUCAUUUAGGAAAUAUUUAAA